AUGCAUCCACAAUCAAAAUUUCAGGGUCGCGGUGGCCAACGUCAACGGAAACAAGUCCCACGAUUUCGUCGUAAUGAGAAAAUUGAUGAUUAUGAUGAAGAGGCAGAACGUAUUCAAAAAGAUUUAGAAUCAAAAUAUGAAUGGACAUCGGAUUUAGUUGAAACAGAAACGGGUCAUGGAUUAGGUUUAUUAAAUUCUGAAAAUGAGGAUAUUUAUGCAUGCCUAUUUCAAAAUGAUAAUAAUGAGACAAUCCAAUACAAAUAUGGUGUUGAUGAAAAUAAAGAAUUAUUUCAAUUGAAUAUAGAUGAAUUGAAUGGGGACGAACUAAAGAGACAAUGGAAUGAUGUUGAUAGUGAUUUGUUGAAAAAUAAAAAUUAUUAUUCAACGUUGGAUACUACAGAUAAAGUACAAUUGAAUUUAGAAGACAAAAUGAUUAUUCAAUUAAAAUUUACAGUGAAAGAUAAUGAUGGUAGUGGAAAAGAACAAUUUGACUGGUUAAAUCCAAAUGAAUUAAAACGAAGACAAAUGGAACAGAAUAAACAGUUUUUAAGUGGAGAAAAAUUUACAGAUAAGAUUUAUUUGGAUUCAACCAAUAAUCCUAUCACAUUGUCUGUAGAUGAUUUGUACAUGCCUGUUCUAGACACAAAUGAAUCUCGUUCAUCAACUAUCAAUUUGAGUUUGCCUGACGUAAUAAAAGAUGAGUACAAGUGGCCAACAGAGCACCGGUCUGUAACAUUAUCAUUACCCGUUAAAAUAGUAGAAACUACAUAUAGUCUCAGUGGUGGUCAAUCUGCUGUUCAAUUAGAUGCUCAACUCGGUUCUCAGUCAUGGUCAUUAGAUGUCUUAAAAGAAACUGUGUCUUGUUUACUGAGUUUACCAGAUGACAGUCACAAAUCGCAUCAGUUAUCCUUGCCAGAGACAAUCAAAUUUAACUUAUCUCUUGAUCAAAAUUGGAAACAAUUAUUUUCAUUAGGAAAAUGUGGUCGACUAAAAAUUCGUUUGUCUCUUGAUGAUAACAUAUCACAUACACCCAAUCUAUUUCUAAUCGGUACAAUGCCUGUAGAAUGGGAUUUUGGACACGAAUCGAAUUGGAAUCCACAAGUCUAUUCAACUAUACCAACUAUGGCCGAACUCGUUCAUAUUUUAUCACCCUUUGAUGUCACACUUCAAUCUAUAAUAUCACCACAAGAUGCUGAAUCGAUCAAAUUAGAACAACUUAUUCUUGAAACAGAUGUAAGUAUGCGAGCCUUUCGACGAAUAAGAUGUAAACACAUGUCAACAAAAGAAAAAUUGAAUGAUGUAUAUGAUAUCACAGAUGAUAAACAGUAUGAAAUAAAAGUUAAUGCUAUUUCGGAAGAAGAAAAUAAAGAAAUUAUUUUUGAUUUACAACAAACAAAUGAUCAUUUAUCAACUGAUAACUAUGUUAAUUUAUUGAGUGAAUUUGACACAAAUCUCGACUUUGAUUUUAAACCCGAUGAUGAUAUUAGUCAAUCGUCUCUAAAUAUGUGUUCUACAGAUCCGUGUUUAUAUCGUCGAGAUUAUAUAUGUGAACCACCAAAAACAUGGUCUCAACUUCGACGUGAAAUUGGUCAUGUGUCAUUUAAUGCUGCUUUAGAUCAGCCAACAUAUAGUUUUGAUAAGUCUUUUAAACGCUAUGUACAUAUACCACCACCCGUUCUCAAAUAUCACCAACAACAACAACAACAACAACAAAAAUUUCGAAAAAGAUUGCCAAGGUGUUCGUAUAACGUUCGUGACGGUUAUGAACAAUUUAUUGAGAGAAUUAAAAAUGAGGAGAACUAUUUAAAAAAACAUGAUUCAAUGGAUCUGAGACAUUUGAUUGAAUGGUACAACAAUAAACAAUAUCUAUUUGAACAAAAAACAGUUCGACGAAAAUAUAAACAACGCUUACUAAAAAAACCUGAUGUUAUCUGCCGUCGAUUGGUAUUACGAACAAUUUUGGCUAAUUUAUAUUGUGAUAGUGAACAGUGGAAAUUGUAUGUGAUUAAAAUGAAAGGCACCUAUUAUUUAGCCAUGGGUAACAAAUCUGCUUCAAUGAAUAAAGCAGCAGAUGAUUUAACAUUUGAUGAAUAUAGUGGCUAUAAAUUUGAAUCACUAUUUACGUCUGCUCAGCCAAAUAAAAAACCUGACAAUAAACCAAAUAUAGAUAAUCCACAGCACGGAUUUCAUAGUGUUCAAUAUUGGACAUUUGGAGAAUUCAAUCUUUUAUAUUCGAAUGAAAUUGAUGGUGAAUUGAAAGAUCAAUCAAGUGCUGAUGAAACACCAACCAAAAUCAAACACGAACACGUUAAAGAGGACAACAACAGUGUUACUGAAGAUGUUGUAAAAGAAAAGGAAGAAAUUAUUGAGCACAUAGAAACUGAACAGACAUCUGGCAAUGAUGAGAAGGAAAAUUUGCAACAACCAUCUCUCACUUCUAAUAUUGACUGGUGGAAUGUAAAUGAAAAUAAUGAGUGGGUGUCUACAAAUGAAAAUAAUGAGUGGAUGUCUACAAAUGAAAAUAAUGAGUGGGUGCCUACAAAUGAAAAUAAUGAGCGGGUGCCUACAAAUGAAAAUAAUGAGCGGGUGCCUACAAAUGAAAAUAAUGAGCGGGUGCCUACAAAUGAAAUCGUGACAAAAAAUGAAAUUAAUCUUACCAGUAGCUCGCAUGAACUCAUGCAAACUUCACCGAUAGAAACCAGGAUAGAUAAAUUACAAGAUGACAUAGAAGAAUCAAGUGACGAUGAAAGCGAGACAUCAGAAGAAAAUGAAAAAGAAGUAGACAUUCAACAAAAUUUGGCAAUAAUUGAAGAAAAUUUAAAUUUGAUAAAUGACGACAGCAACAACGACACUGUUUUACCAGUUCUAGAAACAGAACAACAAAUGGAUCUAGCAAACACAAAGGAAGAAGAAGAAGAAGAAGAAGAAGAAGAAGAAGAACAGGAAGCAGAGCAAAGAGAAGAAAACAUUCCAGUAGUAGCUUCAAUUCGACGCGAACCACAAUAUCAAAAUUCUAUGACAUGUUUAACAGCAAAAAAUUCAUAUAUUGAAUUAAAAUGUACAAACCAUAAAAUUAGAUAUCGCGAUGAAGCAAAAAUGAAGACACUACAUUGGUGGGCUCAGAUGUGGCUCUGUAAUAUCGAUAAAUUACUAAUUGGUUAUCGUUCAUCGUCCGGUUACAUUGAUCAACUUCAAUAUUUAGAAUUGAAACAAUUAGUUGGUAAAUUCAUGGGAAAAUAUGAUUUGAGAUUAAAAUAUUGUUUAUCCUAUUUAUACGGUUUUUUGAAACUAAUUAAAAAAACGAUUAUUAACGAUGAUCCAACAAUAGUUCACUGCUUUCAUUACAUACCACAACCGCUGGAAGUUGACACAGAUUUACCUAGACGUAUUCCAUUUAAACAUACACAACACAAACGUGCAGAAAAACAUCAGUUAUUUGUACCCGAUUGGUACGUCACAGAACUACAUCGAACAGUACCAAAGAUUCUAUUGACUAAAUCGGAUAUGAAAACAAUCGACGAAGAAUUGAAACCAAAACAAUCGCAUCGCGGAAGAAAAAAACAUCAAAUAGUAAAAAACUUCACCACUAGGAAUAAACAAACCGUGAAAACAUAG